AUGGACGUGAAGGAUUCUCCGUUACACGGAGGCGUGAUCAUUUCACACCAGAUCCACGAAGGGAGGCACCACUACGAGGUCAAGAAGGUGAUGAAGUACAAGAAGGAGAGCGGGAAGAAAAUGUUUGUCAGGAGAGGCGACAAACUGAUGGAGAUCAACGGUCUGGACCUGCAGAAUCUCACACCUGAAGAGUUGGCCCAACAGAUUUCUGCAGGAAGACCCAUGCUGACGGUGCACAAGUCGGCAAAGGAGAAGCUGCAGUUUGUUCCUGAAGACGACGUUUUACAGCCUUUCUCCAAGGAGACCACGGUGCUGAGCUUCUCCUGGGAGAUGAUAAGAGAGGAGGAGGAGGAGGAGGGACAGGAGAAGGAGACGAAUACAGACAAGGACGUUUGUCCAAUCGAAGACAACGGUGAGGACUCGGACCUGCUGGUCAUCACUUUGACCCAGACCAGCAUCUCUGUGGUGAGUGGGCGGGGCUGCAACAGCGAGGGUCCAUGUCAGGGCUGUCACGAGAAGGGAUGCACCUUCAAAGACGUCAUCAUGGUGUCUGAGUCCAGCUCCGUGACCCUCGUUCCCAGAGGAGAUGUCAGUUUGAAACAGACAAAACUGGCAGAAGUUUUUAUUAAGCACGUACCGACUCAUCGUUUCCUCCGAGGUAUCUGCUCGGACCGGACUUUGUAUUCGUCGCCAAACCCAGAGAAGAUCAGCAUUUACUACUACAAGUCAAAUGACAUGUCUCCGACGUUCAGAGGAAUGCCGGUGGUCCUGAACCUGACGGGCUCCAACUGCUUUGUUAGAUGCUGCAAGGAGGGGAAUAAGUUGUUCCUACAAACUGAGAUGUGUGAAAAGCAGAGGCUGAGGCAGAUCUCCAAGAGCGACCAGUGCGCCUUCUCCUUCGUCUUCUACAUGAAGGGCGACCGCACGAGUCGGCGACAGUUUGAGUCGGCGCUCUACAAAGGCUGGUUCAUCCAAAUCGCCAACAACAAUCUGGUGGACGUGGCCGAGCCGAAGGAAGAGUGGGAUUCAUCCUUCCUCUUCAUCAUCCAGAUGUGACGCAGUCGGUUUCUGCAGAGCGACACUCACCUCA